AUGAGAAUUUAUGGAAGCCGUUUAAAACAGGCUCUGGGAGUCAGCUGGUUCUCCGUAGCCGUAGCCAUGGCUGCUGGCUUGCCAUCCUGGUCAGCUUGGGCGAGGCCUCCCAGCACUCCGUCGCCUCGUCGAGGUCAUCCUUCACAGGCAGGUUUGACACCGGCCCCGACAUCCCCCUUGCGACCGGCAGAGGCGUCGCGCCAGUCUCGCCGAGUGCAGGAGACUGGACUUUCGGCGGAUGCAUUCUGUGAUCGCCAUACUCGCAAGGUGUGCCAGAGCCCGCCCGUUGAACGAAUAAGACGGAGGUUGUCCACAGAGAACACGAGGAGUCCAAAGACACCGCAAAGUUCGAAAGUCCCAUGGAGGCCCUCUGGCAACCCUGGUCCGCAGAGGUCGGCAAGCUGCUCUGACGCGUCGCGCCGCGGCAAAGCAGCGGCGCAGCAGCAGGACCGAGCUUCGCGCGUGCGCAGGCCAACUUCACAGUGCAAGUACGUGGUCACAGAUGCAGAUGCAGGGGAUGAGGAGACGAAGAUGAAGCUCCUCCAAGCGGAGAAUCGAAGCCUUCGAGCUUUGGCAGGAAGGUUGCAGACGCAGCUAGCUGCUGUGAAGGAGAGCACGCUUACGUACCAAACCGCAGCUGAAGAGCUGCAAGGGGAGUGGGAGGAUGAUGUCGAGGAGGACACGGUCGACAGAAGCAUGCGCCGUGAGAAUUACCAUGCGAGCGUGGAGUGCAUUGGGAUGUUUCGGCGCCUGCAGAUAUUCAUUACGAAGUGUGGAGAUCAGCAUCAUGACUAG